UGUGUGUGUGUGUGUGUGUGAGAGAGAGAGAGACAGAGAGAGAGAGAGAGAGAGAGACAGAGAGAGAGAGCUGGUGCUUCAGUACUGAACCCUGCCUUCACCCGCCAGCAGCUCGAGCUCAGGAUAAUGCUCCCAUAAAACAGCCUGGAUUCAGAACUUCACUCUCAUCAACCAGAGACUAACAGAGACUCCCGGAGCUUCCUCUCCUCCUCCUCCUCCUCCUGCCGGCGCAGAGAUGACCGCGCGGGGCUGUGUGCUCCUCGCUGCUGUUCUGGUGAAGUGCGUUCUCUCAGUACCACUGUCCACUGGCCACAUGGAGAAUGAGGAUGUUCAGGUGAUGAAGUGCAUAGUGGAGGUACUUGCAGAUGUUCUGUCCAAACCACACACUGUCCCAGUGUCCCAGCAGUGUCUGCAAACACUCAGAGCUGACGACAGGCUUGUUACCAUCCUGCGCCACCGCAACUUCCUCCAGGAGCUGCAGGACAUCGCUAUGGAAGGAGACAAUCAGAGGCCGGAGAAGCGAAUGAAGGAUGCUGUUGAUCAUGUAAGCAACCACCCUGAGGGGACAGAAAAGACUGCAGCAGAUUGGUCAAUGCUGGUUGCCAUGGAGAGGCCAGGAGAAGAGAAAGAAGAGAAGAAGAAGAGAGGUGAAGAGGAGGACAGUGAACAAGAGAGUAAAGAGGAAGAGCAGAAGAUGCAUGAGCGCAAUGAAAUCUCCAGCCAGGAGAAGAGGAAUGGGGAAGAGGAGGAAGAGGACAUCAUGAAGGAGGAACAAGAGCACAAACGAGGCGUGAUGAAGAAGAAAGGGGAUAAUGAGGACGAAGAGGAGAAGCGUUCCAAAUCUGAGGAGGAGGAGGAGGAGGAAGAGGAAGCAGAUGAAGCAGCAGGGGCAGGAGAUCAUUCUGAUGUGAAGAAAUCUGUGGAGGAAGAGGAGGAGAGCCAGGAGGAGCAGGACACAGUGGAGAAACGGAGAGAAGGUCCAGGGGAGCUGGAGGAGAAGAAGGAGAAAGCCAAGGCUGGAGUGAAGCACUGGAGCCACACAAGACAGCUGGCUCAAAGGAGGGCAGAGAAAGGCGCUUACGUCCAGCAGGAGGCGGAACACCACUCGAAGGAGGUGCUGGGGCAGGGGGAAGGGGAAGUGAGGAAAAGCCCUGAGGAGCAGGAGCUCCAGAUGAUGGCGAGAAGAGACUCAGAGGACAGGAGGGAGGAGGAAGGGAGUGCCAGCAAGAAGACGGAGGAUGGUGAGAUCGAGAGUUUGGCCGCCAUCGAGUCUGAGCUGGAAAAUGUGGCUCAGAAACUGCACGAGCUGCGCCACGGCUGAUCUGAAGCUGACCACUCACUCCUCUCUCCAUUGUCCUCCCUCCCCCUGUCUUUCAGGAGGGCGGCAUGCUCUGUCCAGAUGAUGCUUUCUCCUUCUAGCUCAGCCACAGCUGUGCAAACCCCUUUACACCUUGGCUUUCACCCUUUUUCCCUUCAGCUCUAUAGCAACACAGUGCUGCACAGUGCCACCACUGGUGUGAAAAAGAAAAAAUAAAGGACGUCAGCCAGCUCCCAUGGGCUUUGUAGCCAGUACUGCCCCCUGCUUCAGCUUUACACCAAUAAUGUGCUUGCUUCCUGAAGAAACAUGGGCACCACGCAAAACUAACACAAAGCAAACGCUAUAGAAUCCCUGCUAACAUUAAGAGAUUGGGGACUGAAUGUACAUACAGAAAGUUACUGCUCUUUUAAAAGGCACUGCGCCUGAUUGAUCCUCACGCAAUAAUGUUUUUAUCUGAUAUGGUGAAAUGAUUGUGAUGAAAUGUGGGUUUUUAGUUAAGAAAAUCAAUAAAUAUGAGAUAAGAUUUAUCUGUAAAGUGGAAUUGUGCAAGCGAUCAGUUCUGUGCUGUAUGUGCCGGGUUACUUGUAUAAAUCUAUGCAAAUCAGAGGAUAACCUCAGAAUGAAUGACAGGAUUCAAGCCACAGCCCAACUUUGUAAAAUACAGCCAUAACACUGAGGUCAUUAAAUUUUAGUAUUUA